AUGUCAAAAACAUUAUACCCGGAAGAUGUACGAUUAAUAUCUGUAGUCGAAGGUGUGAACUGGGCGAUAGGUGUAUCAGAUACAGAUACGGUUGAUGGUAAUGAGGAACUAGAGGAACUUAUGGACUGUUUGGAGUUGCGUUCAAUGGAUUUGACAAUGAAUUCAUUAUUGCGGGCGGUUUUGAAAAAAAAAGAUUGUAUUUUCCGUUGUUUUUCUUCAGCCACGAUUACUAUUUAUUUUAUAACGAUAAUCUUAACUAAAUACUUACCCAUGGUUUACGGUGUUCGACGUUCAAUCGUUGACGUAAACUUCACCAACGGCAGAACAGAACAGAACGAACGAACGUUUCAUAAUUAA